AUGGCCGAUAAUACCAAGGAAGAUUUCCUGCAGUUGAUCAAGCGUGCAGGGGCUUUUCUCACCGUGAAGAUCUCCAAUCUACUUCGCCACCUGGAUUUGCGUUCCUUUGGGACUAUAGCAGGUCUAGCAUUGGCAGUUGUUUUUACUUGGAGGCUAUUAAGAGGGCCUCAAAGAAGACAACCCAAGAGGCAGGCACCUGCAGGCAGUAGUUCAGUUGCAGGUAGUCGUGCUAGUGAUAAUGCUGCAUCCACAGAUGCUAGUAAUCCUUCAGAAGAUUCUGGAACCCAGAAUGUGGUUGAUGAGUUCUUUCAGCCAGUAAAGCCAACACUCGGCCAAAUUGUUAGGCAAAGGUUGUAUGAAGGAAGGAAGGUAACUUGUCGUAUGCUUGGUGUGAUCCUGGAGGAAAGCAGCCCUGAAGAGCUUCAGAAACAAGCAACAGUCAAGCCAUCUGUUCUGGAGGUGCUCUUAGAAAUCACGAAGUUUUGUGAUCUUUAUCUCAUGGAAAGAGUUUUGGAUGAUGAAAGUGAAAAGAAAGUUCUUUCGGCUUUGGAAGAUGCUGGGGUUUUCACAUCAGGUGGCUUAGUGAAAGAUAAGGUUCUUUUCUGUGGCACAGAGAACGGACGGGCGUCUUUUGUCAGACAACUCGAACCUGAUUGGCACAUAGACUCGAAUCCUGAAAUUGUUACCCAAUUAGCGAGAUUCAUAAAGUAUCUACUUCACAUUUCGCCUGCUAAGCUUGAACGACCUGCCUCGAAUGUUUUCUCCACCACAUCUCUGGAACAGUUCUUUGGUUGUGUUUGA